GAAAUAAUAAUAAAUUAAACAAAAAAAAUAUAACAAAAACAAAUCUCUCGCUCUUUCUCCUUUCUCUCUCUCUUGUUGGGUGGCUGGUGCGAAAUCGAACCCUCUCUCUUCGCUUCUCUUUCUCACUUCUAAUUUUAUCUCUGCAAAUUUCCAUCUGAUUCUGAUUCCAGAGAUCUCAAAAACCCUAGAUCUUGCUCGUUUGGUUCCUGUAUUUCAUCUGAUUCGGGCGUUUAUCUGUUGGAUCUCGAUGUCUGCUUAACCGUUUCAGCUCGAAUUCAGAAGAUAUUUCUUAAUUAAUUUAUUUUUCGUGAAAUUUUCCGGAGUAAAUUACAGUAAAGCAUUUUCUUUUAGUUAUUAGAUCGUUAGGUUUUUUUUUUUUCUCAUUUGGUCGAUGGCUUCGAAUCCUCCAGUCCAGGUGGAGGAUCAGACGGAUGAAGAUUUUUUCGACAAGUUAGUUGAUGAUGAUGAUGACAACAUGGGCCCUACCGCCCGUAAAUCCAGGGAGGGUAACGAAUUCGACGACGCCAGCGCCUUCGCGAAUUUAACUAUCGGAGAAGGUUCCGGCAAGGCUGACAAUUAUGAUGAAAAGGAAAAAGAUGCUGUGGAUGCUGGUGCAGCACCGGCCAAUGCACACGCAGAUGAUGAUGGUAAUGAUUCACCAAGGUUUGAUAGUAGUGUGAUGCAAACGAAUAAUCAUGGGGAAGAAGGUGCGGGAUCAGAAGUUGGAUUCUAUCCGAAUUUAAGUGAGAAUAGUGGAUCUAUGAAUUCUGGGGUUAAGGAAGUAGGGUGGAAUUCGUUUUAUGCGGAUUCUAGCGAGAAUGGGGUGCAUGGGUCCGGUUCAUACUCCGAUUUUUUCAAUGAUUUAGGGGAGAAUUCCACAGGGGAUUUCCAUGUGGAUGAAAAUGCGAAAACAAGUGUAUUAGAUCAGAAUUUGGUUAAUAGUUACGGGCAGAAUCAUGAUGGUGGCCAAGUUUAUGGAGCUUCUACUGCUGAUAAUGGAAAUGUGCAAGAUCUGAAUAGCAUUCGGUACUGGGAGAAUAUGUAUCCGGGAUGGAAGUAUGAUGCAAAUACAGGUCAGUGGUAUCAGCUGAAUGGUUACGAGGGGAACCUUCAAGGGAGUUAUGAGAGUUCAGGUGUUGAUGGCAGUGGAACCACCAAUGUGAAAGCGGGGGUUUCUUAUUUGCAGCAGUCAGUUCAGUCUGUUGCAGGUACUAUGACAACUGAGAAGAGUGGUGCCACGGAGGGUGUGGCAAAUUGGAAUCAGGUUUCACAGGUGAAUGAUGGGUAUCCAGAACAUAUGGUUUUUGACCCUCAAUACCCUGGUUGGUAUUAUGACACAAUUGCUCAAGAAUGGAGGUCGUUGGAGAGCUACAAUGCCUCUGUUCAGUCAACGGUUCCAGGUCAUGAUCAGCAAAAUCAGAAUGGAUUUGCUUCUAGCGUUGGACAUUCUCAAAGUAAAAGUUCAAGUGUGUAUAGUGAAUAUGGACGAGUUGAUAAUUAUGGGUCACAAGGCCUUGGAAGCCCUGGUGAACAUGGUAAUUGGGGAGACUCCUAUGGUAAUUAUAACAGUUCAGGUUUGAAUAUGUGGCAACCUGGGACUGUUGCCAAAAGUGAUGAAGUUUCAAGCUUUGCUGGAAACCAGCAAUUUGAUACAUCUUUUGGUUCUAAUAUGCCUGUAAACAACCAUGCAAGUCACUUCAACUCAUCCUAUAAUUCUCUGCACGAAGUCCAGUCACUCAAUAAUGCUAAUCAGGUUCAUACUGAGGCCAAUGGUGUUACUGGGUUAAGAAGCUUUGUUCCUGGUGAAAACUUCAACCACCAGUUUAAUCAGACAAAUUUGAAGCAAAAUGAACAGAUGCAUUUCUCAAAUGAUUUCUAUGGAGGCCAGAAUUCUCUAAAUGUUUCCCAGCAGCCGCUUCAGAGUAGCCAGCAGUUUCCUUAUGCUUCCAACACUGGGAGAUCAUCUGCUGGGCGUCCUCCACAUGCACUUGUUACUUUUGGAUUUGGUGGAAAACUCAUAGUAAUGAAAGAUAGUAGUCCUCUGCAAAACUCGUCAUAUGGUACCCAGGAUUCUGUAGGCACCUCUAUCUCUGUUCUCAAUUUAUUGGAAGUUGUCAAUGGAAAUACAAACGUUUCUGGUGCUGCACUAGCAGCUUGUGAUUAUUUUCAUACUCUCUGCCAGCAAUCCUUCCCUGGUCCAUUGGUUGGUGGAAAUGUAGGUAGUAAAGAGUUGAACAAGUGGAUUGAUGACAGAAUUGCCAGCUAUGAAUCACCUGACAUGGACUACAGAAAAGGUGAAGUUUUGAGGCUGCUUCUCUCAUUGCUUAAAAUAGCUUGCCAGCAUUAUGGAAAACUUCGGUCUCCUUUUGGUGCUGACACUCUGUUGAAGGAGACUGAUAAUCCAGAAUCAGCAGUUGCUAAACUCUUUGCAUCUGCAAAGAGGAAGGACGCACCCUAUGGUGCUCUUAGCCAGUGCUUGCAGCAAUUGCCUUCUGAAGGACAAAUUCGGGCAACCGUUUUUGAGGUGCAGAAUCUUCUGGUGUCUGGUAGAAAGAAAGAGGCUCUACAGCAUGCGCAAGAAGGUCAGUUGUGGGGACCUGCACUUGUUCUUGCAUCACAACUUGGUGAUCAGUUCUAUGUUGAUACUGUGAAGCAAAUGGCACUUCAUCAGCUGGUAGCAGGUUCUCCUUUACGGACAUUAUGCCUGCUAAUUGCAGGGCAACCAGCAGAAGUUUUUUCCACGGGCACCAAAGUUAAUAGCAUGGGUAUGUCUCAACAGCAUGCACAGUUAGGGGCUAAUCGCAUGCUUGAUGAUUGGGAAGAGAAUUUGGCUGUAAUAACUGCAAACAGAACCAAAGAUGAUGAGCUUGUAAUUAUUCAUCUUGGAGAUUGUCUUUGGAAAGAAAGAAGUGAGAUAACUGCAGCGCACAUCUGUUAUUUAGUUGCGGAAGCAAACUUUGAGUCAUAUUCGGAUAGUGCUAGACUUUGUCUUAUUGGAGCAGAUCACUGGAAGUUUCCCCGAACCUAUGCUAGUCCAGAGGCUAUCCAGAGGACUGAGUUAUAUGAAUAUUCGAAGGUAUUGGGAAACUCUCAGUUUAUCCUGCUACCAUUUCAGCCAUACAAGCUUAUAUAUGCACACAUGCUGGCUGAAGUCGGAAAGGUUUCAGAUUCGUUGAAGUACUGUCAAGCCGUAUUAAAAUCUCUGAAAACUGGUCGAGCGCCUGAGGUAGAAACUUGGAAACAAUUAGUUUUUUCUCUUGAGGACAGGAUAAGAAUCCAUCAACAGGGGGGAUAUGCUGCAAAUUUGGCUCCAGCAAAAUUAGUUGGUAAAUUGCUAAACUUUUUUGACAGCACGGCUCAUCGUGUUGUGGGAGGUCUACCACCACCUGGUCCUUCAGCAUCAAAUGGAAAUUCUCAAGGUAAUGAUCCUUUCCACCAACAAACUGGGCCAAGAGUAUCAGCUAGCCAGUCAACAAUGGCCAUGUCAUCGUUGAUGUCCUCUGCUUCAAUGGAGCCUAUAAGUGAUUGGGCAAGCAGGGGGGCUGAUGGCAAAGUGACGAUGCAUAAUAGAAGUGUUUCAGAGCCAGACUUCGGCAGAACUCCAAGACAGGUUGAUUCAUCAAAGGAAGCAGGAGCAUCCACUGCUCAAGGCAAAUCAUCGGGCUCAGUUGGGGCAUCUCGCUUUGCUCGUUUUGGUUUUGGCUCACAGCUUUUACAGAAGACUGUGGGGUUAGUCUUAAGGCCUCGCCCAGAUAAACAGGCUAAGCUGGGUGAAAAGAACAAAUUCUACUAUGAUGAAAAACUUAGGAGAUGGGUGGAGGAAGGUGCUGAACCUCCAGCUGAAGAAGCGGCCUUGCCACCACCUCCAACCACUGCAGCAUUCCAGAAUGGAAUGUCUGACUACAACUUGAACUCUGCAUUGAAGAGGGAGGGGUCUCCCCCUAAUGGGAGCCCAACAUUCGGAAAUCCAACCCCAAUAGAACAUGCUUCUGGGAUCCCGCCUAUUCCUUCCAGCUCCAAUCAAUUCUCUGCUCGUGGACGAAUGGGUGUUCGAGCAAGGUAUGUGGACACUUUCAACCAAGGUGGUGGUGGCCAAGCCAACUUAUUUCAAUCACCUGCUGUUCCCUCUGUUAAACCUGCAGUGGCUGCAAAUGCAAAGUUCUUUAUUCCCACACCUGCAUCAACGAGUGAACAAACAAUGGAGGUAAUAGCAGAAAAUGCACUAGAAGAAGAUACAACUAGUAACAAUCCUACAACAUCCAAUGCCAAUGAGUCUUAUCAAUCUCCCACGCCUUCAUCAUCAAUGACUAUGCAAAGGUUCUCUAGCAUGGAUAAUAUUUCUCAGAAAGGCAUUAUGACAAAUGCCAAUGGUUUUUCACCUCACUCACGACGAACAGCCUCAUGGAGUGGAAGCAACUUUGGUAAUGCAUUAAGUCCCCCUAAUAAGGCUGAAAUCAGACCUUUUGGGGAGGCAUUCCCAUCUUCGUUUAUGCCUGCUCCAAUGAAUGGUAGUUUUGGGGAUGAGCUACAUGAGGUGGAACUUUGAGCCAAGAGUUAGUCAAGAUGUAAAUAUCAAAGUUUUGUACCAGCAAUCAAAUUCCAUACUCAUGAUAUUCCAGUUCCUGCAUCUUUCAAGUAUACGUCAAAAUGGCAGCAUGCACCAUAACUGGUUUGGAAACAAAAAUUAUCUUCUUUUCCGCUUAACUUCUUGGCCUCUUUACCCUUUCUUUAGUUGUAUUUUGAAAUUCAGUUGCUUAUUUAGUUGUAUUAUCAGAUUUCAUCUGUAUGUCACAGGGUUCAAGAAGCUUUUUAAAAAACAAACUAUAAAAAAAAAAAAAAAAAAAAAAGCCUGAGCAGG